GUGAAUUGCACGUGUAAGACCAUCUCUCAUUGGCACCAAUACUAAAACCCUAGCAAACUCUACUGCUCUUCUACUUCUUCAACUCUUUCGAGUUCGGCCGCCGAGUGAGAGAGAGCGUUUGGGCACCAAAAGCGAAGAAUCUGAUAAGUGUCAAAAAUGGUGGCCGUGAAGAAGACCAAGAAGACCCAUGAGAGCAUCAACACCAGGCUCGCUCUGGUCAUGAAGAGCGGAAAAUACACCUUGGGUUACAAAACCGUCAUUGACUCUCUUCGUAACUCCAAAGGGAAGCUGAUUAUAAUUUCCAACAAUUGCCCACCUCUGCGAAAGUCCGAAAUCGAAUACUAUGCUAUGCUUGCCAAGGUUGGGGUUCACCACUACAAUGGAAACAAUGUUGAUCUGGGUACAGCUUGUGGAAAGUAUUUCCGGGUAUCGUGCCUUAGCAUCGUUGAUCCAGGUGACUCGGAUAUUAUCAAGACGCUACCUGGUGGUCAGUGAGCGGCUGUAGCCUCUACAUUUCAAGGCUUUGCUUUCGCUUUUCUAUGAUGUUUUAGUUACUAAGUUUUCGGAUACUUAGAUUUUACUAUGUGUGAGGUUAUCUUAGUAGUGACCUAAUGCAUGGUGUUUUGAUAACCAUUUUAAAGUUACUUUUUGUUAUAUUAGAGAACUCAAUUCUGGGUUUUUCUUUCUUUUUUGUGCUCCUACAGUAGACUCACGUGUGUUAUUCAACAAACCGGUGGCCCGACCCUGAGGGAUAUACAUAUAUAGCUCAAUAAUUCUUUUAA